GGUAGCAGCCUGCCCCGCGAGCCCCUCGGGCACGUCACUUCCUCGCAAACUUUCCCGAGGAAAUGUCUCUGCACCAGGCGCUUCGUCUCCGAGCCGCCCCCUGAGCAUCCCCGCGCCCCGCACCAUGGCCCGGCCGGCGGGCGCGGGCUGAGCCGCCCCUGCGCCCCCGCCCGGCCCCGGCAUGGCCCGCGACUGCGCCGCCCGCAGCCUGGACACCAUCGACCUGGCCACCCUGAGGGAUCCGGCAGGGAUAUUUGAACUGGUGCAAGUUGUUGGAAAUGGGACGUAUGGACAAGUCUAUAAGGGCCGCCAUGUUAAGACUGGACAACUUGCAGCAAUCAAGGUGAUGAACGUUACGGAGAAUGAGGAGGAAGAAAUCAAGCUGGAAAUAAACAUGUUAAAAAAAUAUUCUCAUCACCGCAAUAUUGCCACAUAUUAUGGAGCAUUUGUCAAGAAGAGUCCUGCGGGUCAGGAUGAUCAGCUCUGGCUGGUGAUGGAGUAUUGUGGAGCUGGGUCGGUGACAGAUUUGGUUAAGAAGACCAAAGGAAACUGUUUCAAGGAAGACUGGAUUGCCUACAUCUGCAGAGAAGUUCUCAGGGGCUUGGCGCACCUUCACGCCCACCACGUUAUCCACCGAGACAUUAAAGGGCAGAACGUUCUCCUCACGGAAAAUGCAGAAGUAAAGCUCGUGGAUUUUGGGGUAAGCGCUCAGCUGGACAGGACGAUUGGAAGACGAAAUACCUUCAUUGGGACACCCUACUGGAUGGCUCCUGAGGUCAUAGCUUGUGAGGAGAACCCAGACUCCACUUACGAUUACAGGAGCGACCUUUGGUCUCUGGGAAUCACGGCUAUAGAGAUGGCUGAAGGAGCUCCCCCUUUGUGUGACAUGCAUCCCAUGAGAGCCCUCUUUCUCAUCCCACGCAACCCACCCCCAAAACUGAAAUCCAGGAAAUGGUCAAAAAAGUUUCUUAAUUUUGUUGAAAGCUGCCUCGUGAAAAAUUACGUGCAUCGUCCCUCCACUGAAACCUUGCUCAAACAUUCAUUUAUUCGAGAUAUGCAAAAUGAGCGGCAAGUGCGCAUCAUGCUGAAAGACCAUCUGGACAGGACCAGGAAAAAGAAAGGGGACAGGGAAGAAACAGACUAUGAUUACAGUGGGAGUGAAGAAGAGGAUGAUGAGCUGAAUGAAGAUGAAGGAGAACCAAGCUCCAUAGUUAACCUCCCUGGUGAGUCCACCCUCCGUCGAGAAUUUCUGAGGCUGCAGCAGGAGAACAAGAGCCGUUCUGACCCUCACCACCAGCCACAGCUCCAGCAGCAGCAGCUGAAGGACCAGGAGAAAUAUAAAAAGCAGCUGCUGACAGAGCGACAGAAGCGGAUUGAACAACAAAAAGAGCAGAGGAAGAGACUGGAGGAUCAUCAGAGAGAACAAGAGCUCCGAAGGCAGCAGGAGUGUGAGCAGAGAUGGCCAGAGAUUAAGGCAGUUCAGAGGAGAGAUGAGACAUGUAAAGAGGAGAAGAGACUUGUAGAAGAUGAGCGGUGCAUGGUAGAUGGGCAGAGGAGACCAGAAAGGAAGCAGAAAAAGGUGGAAGAAGCACAGCACAAUAAGAAGAUUCAGCGGACACUGCCAAAAGACCAGACACAGCUGCUGUCUCUCCAACAUGACCACAAGCAAAAGAACAAAGCACCUCCAAAGGGUUCAAGUGCAGCAGUGCACCCUCCCCCAAGCAGCACCAGCAAAGAGGCUGAGGACAGAAAGAAGAAGAGCGAUGGCAUCCAGACUUCCCUCAACUGGCCCACUGUCCUUGGGCAUGAAGCCAUCCCGUAUAGUCGAAUGGGCUCCGGCAGUAGUUCCAGCCCUUGCACUCCAGCUUUGCAAAGAGCAGUACUCACGCAGGGUGAAAACCUCCGGAGUAGCAAAGAAGCGUACCAUAGCAGUUCUCUGUCAGACAUGGUGGUAACACCAGUAAGCCUUGGGCAGGACGAUGUAUUCUGGAGUGCAGGCCAAAACGAAGAGCAGCCCCCAAAGGUUCCAGAAAGAACAACCUCUAAAUGUUACCGGGAUCACGUGGGCCAUCAAAGAUGUCCUUCAAGCAGUGCCCACCAGCCGUCCCUGGGGGGACAUGCUCUGAAACUAAGCAGCAGCAGCUCUCCGACCAGCAAGCAAUGGGAGGUGGGAUCUCAACAGAGCAACAGAUCAGCCUCAGGGAAUCAAGGACUGUCCAAGGCAGAGAAGCCCCUGUCCCCCAACCACGUGCAGCGGUGCAAGAAGUCUGAAAACACCCCUCAUCUGACCCAGAGUCCAGGCUUCUUUGCCAAGGGAAAGGACGGCGCCAACUCGUUCUGGAAAGCAGCAGAAUAUUCAUCAUCGAGUGAUGAAGUAGGCAGCAGUGAUGAUGAUGAUGUAAAUCACACAAGGCAACCGCUAAGUAAUAGAGCGGCAGAUUUCUCAAGGACAAGAGCUCCGGAUGGGAUUGAACUGAAACCUCAAAGCAUCGUUGUGGAGCAGAAGGAUAAAUUUGGAGCGAAACAAAGUUCCAGCACCCACGAAGGGCUUUGGAGCAUAAACAACCAGAACUAUCUCCUGCCAGAUCUCCUCCAGCAAAGCCAGAUUUCUGACUCCUCAGCAAACCAGCAAAAGGUUACGCAGAAUAGUCAGGGAGCCCAGAACAAAUCCGUGAAUAAUAAGGCAUCAAGCAGUGAAAGCACCCCCUCAAAAAGCAGUACAUCAUCUACAGCAUCAUUUACUUCAUUCAUAGACCCUCGGCUUCUACAAAUCUCCCCUCCCACCAGUCCCGUGGGAUCAACAUGUAGUUCUCCAUCUAGUGCAAAACCAGAACCUGUCAGGAGAGAAAACGCAAGGAAAGGCUCUGUUGUCAACGUCAACCCGACCAAUAUCCGUCCACAGAGCGACAGUCCAGAAAUUCGCAAAUACAAGAAGAAAUUUAACUCGGAGAUCCUUUGUGCUGCUUUGUGGGGAGUAAACUUACUAGUGGGCACGGAGAAUGGGCUGUGGCUGCUGGACAGAAGUGGUCAAGGACGAGUUUACUCACUGAUUUCAAGGAGACGAUUCCAGCAAAUGGAUGUUCUGGAAGGACUCAAUGUGCUAAUUACCAUCUCAGGUAAAAAGAAUAAGCUGCGGGUUUAUUAUUUAUCAUGGUUAAGAAACAAGAUUUUGCACAACGAUCCGGAAGUGGAGAAGCGACAAGGCUGGGUGUCCGUGGGAGACUUGGAAGGCUGCGUACACUACAAAGUCGUGAAAUAUGAGAGAAUCAAAUUUCUUGUUGUUGCUUUGAAAAACUCCGUCGAAGUCUAUGCUUGGGCUCCAAAGCCGUAUCACAAAUUUAUGGCUUUCAAGUCCUUCACUUCACUUCAUCACAAACCACUGUCAGUGGACCUGACAGUUGAAAAUGGACAACGGUUAAAAGUGAUCUAUGGCUCGUUAGUAGGAUUUCACGCCAUUGAUGUGGACUCGGGAUUUGUGUACGACCUGUACUUGCCGACCCACAUCCAGGGAAUUAUUCGCCCACAUGCCAUUAUCAUCCUCCCCAAUACUAACGGAACAGAACUUUUACUCGCCUAUGAAGAUGAAGGAGUCUACAUUGAUAUAUAUGGGCACUUCACAAAAGAAACUGUUUUACAGUGGGGGGAGAUGCCAGCCUCUGUAGCUUAUCUUCAGUCUAACCAGGCCAUGGGCUGGGGAGAGAAAGCUAUUGAACUGCGCUCUGUGGAAACAGGAAAUCUGGAAGGCGUAUUUAUGCACAAGAAAGCACAGAAGCUAAAAUUUCUGUGUGAAAGAAAUGACAAGGUGUUCUUUGCGUCUGUACAAUCAGGAGGCUGCAGUCAAAUUUACUUUAUGACACUUGGUCAAAACAUACUAUUCAACUGGUAAAUCAUCUCAGAACGAAGGAUGCUUUGAAGUUCCCAGCAGAUAGAAGCAGCGUCAAAAGUUUGGAGGUUAUGCACACAUAUUUGCACUUUUUACUUACAAGAAUCUCGUUGUUAUUAACUUUCAACAUUCAUAUUCCUUCAGUCAGGAAGAAAUUCCAUUUUCCUGUCAAAUUAUUGCAAAAGUGUUUCUUUCCAUCUACGAAAAACAUGGUGCAAACCAAGACUGAAUUCACAAUGUAGCAAAUAGCAACUGUAAUGAAAAAUGUAGUGAAUAUAACAGGCUCCUGCACUCUGACAAGUGUACAUGUUUUGCACAGAUAUUGUAAUUUUAUUAUUUUGAACUGAAAUCUUUCUCUUUGGACGCAAUAUCUGCAGUAUCAAAUAUCUGUAUUGAGUUGUGAGUUAGAAUCUACUUGAUUUUGAAUUGUUUCUAGCUUGCUUGACUUUCUUUUAACCAAAUUAUUACUGUCCAAGUCUCACUAGUGAGCUAGCAACACACAAAGGGGCUUAGCGCACACUUGGGCAUUCAGGGAUAGAUGCAUGCCCUGGGUGUGGAUGUGCUUUGCUGCAGAGCUUUGUAGAAUCAGCUACUGGAUACAUAGGCAUCAGCCCAGGAGCAGAUUUUACAAAAUGCAUAGGGCUGACUCUGUUAAUCUCUCAAGACAGGAUGCCUUAGUCCUUAGACACAGUUACUGUAGAAUGUAUUUGUAAAGAGAAUUUAAAUAGCAGUUUAUCAGAACCAAUAAACACAGGGCAUCAUGGACAUUUAUAGACGUGCUCCAGGAGUUGGGAGGGGGGAGUGUGCUCUGAUUAGAUCAGCUUCAAGAACCUCUCUAAUUAAAGCACCCAGAGCAUCACAUGUAUCAGGGACCCCGUACUGAAAAAUGGCAGCGGGGACGUUUUAACUAAAUCUCAUUGAACAAGCUUUAGUUAAAGGGCCCCUGCUGCCAUUUUUCAGUGCGGGGAUACUGAUACACAUCAUGCUGGAGUCUACUGGAGUACAGUUAUUGCCACGCUCCAGCAGACUCAAUUAAUCAAAUCUUCUCCAACGUGCAGUAAUUACAGCAUGUCGGAGCAGCCUCGCUGCACGUGUAUAGGUGCCUAUUAGGCCUCUGACUGUUACUUAUACAAGCAGAUUCAUUCCAUGUGAGAUGAUGUCAACAGCGCUAUUCAUGGAUGCCAGGGUGCCCAGUCAGGGACCCUUUCUUUACAUGAUUCUCAUACCCGCUUGUUCAAUAUCAGAACCUGCAUUUCCUAGUUUGUAAAUAUAAGUCUUUCCAAAGUGGAUGCCAUGGUUAACGAAUGUAUUCUUAAUAUAGUUAUAAAUUUAUCCAAAGAGCCAAUUUAUUAUAAAUAGAAAAGAUAAAUAAUUUCAGGCACUCUUUCUAUACUAAUUCCUUCUAAAUAAAGCCACAUCUACUGAUGGCAUUGAUUUGAGUGCUUCUGUUAUAAAGCUAUUCUCAGGGGCUAAUAUCUUGGCCAUCAAGUAUAUAGACAUACUAAUGCGGAACCUUAAGGUUUAAAUGCACAAUCAUUAGUUAGCUAAUGUUCAUGCAGUGCUUUCAAAAUGUAAAGCGUUAUAUAAGUGCAAAAUAUUAUAUAUGAUAAACUGGACAUGCACCUCAGUCCAGAAGUGAUCCAGUGUAGAGCAUACUGUAGGUAAAAGGAAAAAAAUAAAUAAGAUAGUUAACAGCAGUAUUUAAAAAUAAUUAUUUUUUCAUUUGAAAUCUGUAAUACUGAAAGGUGCCUAGAAAAUGGUUCUGGAAUAGCUAGUCUUCUACCUCUAUGAUGAUGAUUCAGAAUUGGGUAGGUAGGUAACAAUGAAGAGUGAAGCUUGUUACCAACCGGUGGCAGUUUUGCAACCAAUGUGAAUUGAGGUUGCAGUCACAGUCUAGUUAGACCAGGGUUCAUGUUGCAGAACCAUCUCCAGAACUGGCAGCAGAGAAGCCAAAGACGGGUUGAGUGUGGAGGCUAAUCAGUAUUCUUGUCCCUCAUAGUGGUCUUCCAGGGACCAGGGGCUGGACAGUGUUAGGGAAGCCAUCCCUGCUGCUGUCCAUAUGCUUCAGCUAGAGGAUUGUGGUUUCCAAAGCUGUCAACCCAGCACACGUCAUGAUUAUUAGUUUUGCCUCUGACCAUAUAGUGAGUGUUAUACACAUUAAAUAUGCUUAUGUCAAAAAGUUUGAAUGACCAAAUUGUCCAAACCAAAGGCCAGGCUCAGAAUGUGCAUGCAGCUGCAUGCCCAAAUGGCUGCUUGAACACCCAAAUUGAAGUUCUCCUCAGCGUUGGGUUGCCCAUGGGUGGACUGCUGUGCCAAGCCAGAACCACGUUAAAAGCAGUGGGGCUCAGCUUAUGUGCAGUGAUCUUCCUAUCCACUAGCAGUUGCAGAAUUGGAACUAUUGUAAUUACAUGGGGUAAGUAGGCAUCUAGUUUUUCAUAAGUCCUGAUUUCUGGGCUACUGAUCCUUGGGCUUUCUGUGCUCUGUUUUCACCAAACAAAAGCUGCAAGUUUAAAAAUAUAAGUAAAGGUAAUAGCUGACCAGCAGUAAAUCAGAAAAUAAAAUGUACUUCUUUUUUUAAAAAAAAGAAAGCUAAAAUACUGUGAAGAAAGGAUAUCUUUCAUUAUAUGCCCAGUAGGUGUGCAAAGCUUACUAUCAAAAUGCUCUUGCUAUAGCACAAAUCAGUGAUCCAGGUUGUCCUAUAUACUUUUUAAAGUGUGCUGUACCAUACCAGCCUCUGUAUUACAUUUCUGAAUGUCUUGGUGCCAAUAGUUACAAGGCAGGUUCUCCUGACACUAGCAACUAAUUCAGAAGAGUUUAGCACAAAGCAGUGGGAGCUUGGAACAGCCCCUGCCAAGAGAUUGAAGAAGCAAAUGUGAUUAAACUGUUCUUUUUUAUAUUAUUAUACCAGAAAAAUGUGACAGUGAGUUGACAUACUGUAAAACUGUUUAGAUCCAUACCAAGAAUAAAAGCUGAGCUUGUGUGAGAGAGAA